UUCACAUUUUUGUUAUUUCUGUGAAUUAUCAGUAAUUUGCAAUUAAUUCAUCGCAUCAUCUUCUCCUUUUGCUUUUGGAGCUUCUUUUUUGAGACUUUCUUUUUCUCUGGCUCUUCCUCUGCUGGUUUUGAUGGUGCUACCUAGGUUCUCAGAUCAGACAUUCUUAGAUCAUGUGAAAGACCAACGAACUUAUGGAAAGAGGCUGUGGAUAGAGACAGCGUUGCAUUUGGUAUUGGUAAUUGGCAAGCAGUAGCCAGCGAUAGAGCCUUCUUCCGGCUGCAUCUGAGGGAGGUCAUGGAUCACAAUUGAACUGUACGGCCAGCAAAGUAAGUAAGUAGAAAGACAAAAAAAAAAUUAACCAAUGAGUUUAUCAAAAAUUAUAAGGAUUUAUAACAAUAUGUUAUCUAGUCUAUAACAUUUGAAUUAUUACUAAUCUGGUAUCAUGUGCUAAAAACAAAUAAAAGUCAAGUACGUGUACUCUAAGUAUUUCAUAAUUUUGUCUUUAAAUGAGGAGUCUUGCUAAAGAAUUUUUGAAAAACAAAUUUAUAAUCAUGAUGAUUAAAUAAAGAGCAAUAAAAAAUAAAUAACAAAUUCUUUAGGAACAGUCUGAUCAGUUUUGAUCACUUCGACACCCUCGUUUCAUUCUGGAGUUACAUAAUUCAUCACUUUAAUCUAUUGAUUUGCUUCUCGAGGGCUUCAAUUCUAGCUGUCAGUUCAUACAACUCCUUCUUAAUGCUCUCAUUUUCAAGCUUCAGAUUAAUUGAUUGUGCUUCCAGCUCACAAAUUCUCUCAUAUUCAUUGCCAAUUGGACAAUAAGGUGGUGGAUCUAGGACUUCAUAAUUCUCAAAGCAAACCUGCAGUUCCCUCCUUAUCAACUCCUUUGAAUCACUCCAGUCAUUCCAAAAUCCAUCAGCACAAAGAUUCUGAAGCAUAUUAAACUGCAUAACAUUGACAUUGUCUAUAAACAGCUCAUCAACAGCAUUAAUUUGAUUCCAACCGAAAUUGACUGUCCUCAGCUCCGGAUGAACACCAAAUGAAGUUGAGCUAAUGACUUGAAGUUGAUUGUUGUCCAUUUGUAGUUCUCGAAGGUUUAUUAAGGAACCAAAAACUCCAUUUGGAAGCUCAUAAAUUUGGUUGUUUGCUAGAUUUAAAGACCAUAAAUUGGUAGUGUUUAAAAAUAAAAUCGGAUCAAGGUACACAAGCUGACAAUUUUGUAAAUUCAAUGUUGUCAACUCCCCAAGUGAUUUAAAAGUUUGUGGCAGUAGCUUCUGUAUUGGAUUCGAGUUCAGCAUCAAUUCACGAAGUUUUGAAAAAUUCACAAAAGAUUCUUCAGGAAAAUAUGAAAUUUCAGUGUUGGUCAGGUAAAGUGCACGUAGUGACUUAGAAUUUUGGAACCAAUAUGGAUUGAACUUAGAUAAUUGAUUAUUUGAGAGGUAGACGUCCAAAAGGUUGACAAGUGGUGCAAAUGUUUGGUCUGGAAUGUAUGAGAUUGAAUUGUUGGAUAGCGACAUGACUAAUAAUUUUGAUAAAUCAACGAAUGUGUCUUCAUAAAAUGUGCUGAUUUGAUUUUCAUAUAGAUGAAGUGAUUCUAGUUCCAAUAAUCCAUUGAAGAUCCUUCUUGGUAGUUCAUUUAUUCUGUUCUGACUCAAGUUGAUCUCGACUAAUUUUCUGUUGUUUUGGAAUAAAUUUUCUACUAAAAUCGUCAAGUUAUUUCCAUUAAGUUCCAAAGUUGUCAAUUCCAGAUUCUCAGUUAAUGCAUUCGCAUCAAUAUUGGCAAUCUGAUUAAACCUGGCACUCAACACUUCCAAAGAUUUGCAAUUCUUCACUGAAUCUUCAUCAAUUCUUGUGAUUCCGAUCCAAAAUAAGUUUAUGGACCUCAAAUUAUUAAAUGUAUCACAAAUUACUGACGGAAUGUUCCUUGAAGUUGAGAAUGAUGUUGUGCGGACCGCGACUACAUCUGCAUUGGUUUUGUUUGGCAAGUGAGUCAUCUCGAUUUGUGUAAAAUUGUUAAAUCCAUUUGGAUUGUUCAAGUUGAGGACGCAGGUGUAUUCAAAGAAGUCUUCAAACUGACAAGAUGCUUGUGAAGCUGCUUGAUGGAAAAAAGCGAUGAAGAGUAAGGCUAAUAGCUUCAUUUUCUUAUACUUAAACUCAACAACUCAAGAAACUAAUCGAAUAGACUCAAAAAUAAUUCUGAAUUUUACUGAAUUUUUUAACUGUACACUUUUUCUUAUCAAUUUCUUAACAAUUUAUCAAUCUUUUAUCGAUAAUCUAAAGCUUAGUUGUUUGUUCUUAGGCACAGGCUGACCAUCGAGUUGUUCAUUAUUCCUAUUGGUGCUCUUUUGUUGGUUGACUAGCCUGGAUAGCAAAAGUCUUCAGUUUAAAUCCGGCUCCACGCCAUAGUCAUGCUGGCUUGGCGUCAAAUUUCUGAUUGAUUAACCGACUUGUGAUUUCCGGGGAAGGUAGUUCUGUGAGAUAUCGAAUUAUGUGACGGCAAAUUUGACAGUGCUAGAUUCUAACUUUGCUGAAAACAUCGUUACAAUAAAAACUGGACGUCAUUGAAGAUUAAUAUUAUAAGCAGAACCGACAAAAGAGAUUUUCUUAUCAAAAAGUAUACAAAAAGUUAUCAGAAGUUCAUCAGCUGUCGUGUGGAAAAGCUUUGCUUAGUGAAUAUUCAAUAAAGUUGCUAAAUAUGAAGAUUUUUGUCAUAAUUUUGAUUCUAUUGGUCAAUAAAGUAGUUCUUCAGCAGCCAACCAUCUCCUGUCUGUAUUUUAUCGACUCUUUGAGUCAAUAUUCUUGCGAUUUAACAUUAAACAAUCCAAAUGGAAUCAACAAUUUUACACAAAUCACUGGAACUCAUUUACCAGGAAGAACCAAUCAAGAUGUUGUUGUAAUUCAAGGAAAUCCAGCAUCUAGAUCGUCAAUCAUCCCAUCAAUAAUCUGCGUGGCAUUCGGUAAUCUCAGAGAAAUUGAGAUGCAGGGAAGUCACAUCCAGAGAAUCACAAAUGAAAACUUUAAUGCCUGCAGCAAUUUAGAGAUUCUUGACCUUAGAUUCAACAAUAUCGCAGACAUUGAAGAAGAUUCCUUCAUUGGAUGUCCAAAUCUUCAAGAAGUCAACCUACAAAGCAACAGAUUGACAUUCCUGCAUGAAAAUUUGUUUCAAUUCAACCAAAAUCUUGAAACUUUGAACUUUGCUGUAAAUUUUUUGGUAUUUUUGCCUCCAAAACUUCUUUCUGGACUAUCAAGUCUUAAAAAUCUAUUCAUCAAUUCGAACCAACUAUCUCAAAUUACUGAAGACAACUUUUCAGGACUUUUAAGCCUUCAAAUCCUCAACUUGGACAGAAAUUUGCUUUUAUACAUUCCAGACCGAGCAUUUGCAGAUUUAACGAAUUUACGACAACUUUUGCUUAGUGAAAAUUCGAUCAAAUAUUUAAAUCCAAGAUGGUUUGAAGGCAUGCGGUCCAUUAAUCAAAUUCACCUGAACAGGAAUCAAAUUUCAGAUUUGCCGGAAAAUUCAUUUUCAAACCUAACAACUUUACGCAUCGUCGUACUCAACAGAAAUCCAAUUUACAAACUUCCAGCAAGAAUUUUUCAUCCGCUAAUCAAUCUCGAGGUGCUGUCUUUGGAAUUCUGUGAGAUUUAUGGACUUAACCAGGAUCAAUUUGCAACUUUAAAUCAAUUAAUCGCUCUUGAUCUCACUGGAAAUUACAUUUACGAGCUUCCAGUUGGAAUAUUCAGUAAUUUAACAAGUCUGACAUUUUUAUCAUUGGCAGUUAAUCCAGUAAGCAUCAUAAGUUCAAGUUCCUUUGGAGUUCAUCCAGAAUUGAUAACUGUGAUAUUGAAUUUCUGUGCUAUAACAGCGAUUGAUGAGAAAUUCAUCGACAAUACGAACAUAACAACUCUGGCGAUGAAUGGAAAUAAGUGUGCUGAUGGAUCAUUUAUUGACUGGAGUGAUUCAAAAGAACUGCUGAGGAAGGAGUUGAGUGUGUGCUUUGAUAAUUAUGACAAUCCAAACACAUGCCCAGAUGGCAAUACCUCCGAAAGAAUCUGUGAACUAGAAGCACAAGUGACCAACCUACAGAACGACAAUGAAGUACUAAAGAAGGAACUGUCUGGAUUGAUUUAUCGAGUUGAAGCCUUAGAGAAAGCAGUUCUUGGAGUUUAGCAAUAAAUCAUACAAUAUAAUUCAUGGUUCCAUUCAUUAAUUUAAUCGAACCAGGAAAAGAUGACGAAGAAAUUAUAAAAACUUUAUCUUUUGCACAAAAAGUUCAUGAUCCAUAAUUCAUUUAGCUUCGCAUUUAUGUGAAUAUUCUUUAUUAAAUUUAUUAUCGGAAAAAGUUUUUAUAUGUCCUCAAUUAAAUUAAUACAAGGAUGGAAAAGGGGUUGAUGUGCUAUUGGAUAUAUUUUACUCCGACAGUCCAGAACUAUGGACUUGGAUGUUCACUGGAAGUUCAUUUAAAAAUCAGACCAAGCCAAAGUAGAAUUCAGGAUCAACAUUUUCUUUUUCUGGUAACUUUAGCCAAUUUGCUAAGUUUCUGAAUCACACUGGAUUGAAUGUCCAAAAUCAUAAUCCAAAUAGGUCAAGAAAAAGCACAAAUCUAGCUCUUCGUUGAGCAGAGGAACCUUUACUUUAUGAUCCUCGUUCAGCUCCUUCAUUUCCAAUAGUUCCUUAUUGGUGUCACGCAUCAUACAAACAAAUGAAAAAUGUCAAUAAAAAGUGAGAAAAUUAUAGCUGCUGCUGCCAUCUACAUGUGACAUAUUUGAACUAUUAUCAGCUUAGUAAAGACACAAUGCAAAUUAUUAUUGCAGUUAAUGUGUCUUGGAUAGAUGAUAGAUUGUGGACAGCUAUAAAAGGAUCAAAAAUAGAAUUUUUGUAGAAUUACUUCAAAGGCACUUGAUACCAGCCAAGGUGCAAGUAGAUAGUGGAAAUGUCUAGGAUAAUAAUAACAUAAAAAUUUUAUUAUUUUCUAUCGAGGAUGCAGUUUUAUCUAAGAGGGUUGUUAUGUCUGACUUUGUAGAUUGCAAUGCAACAUGUAGAAGGCCGUGUUGAUAGAGACAAUAUUACUUUUAGUAUUAUCAAUUACCAAGUUAUAGCCAACGAUAGAGCUAGCUGUAUUCGUCAUCUGAGGAUGGCCAUGUCUCACUGCUGAUCUUUGCAGCUAUCAAAGAAAGAUAAGCAAUUAUGCAACAAUUAUAGUGCAUUUUUGCUAACAUUUGAACCUUUUACUGCUCAGUUCUAUUCUUUAAUGUAAAAUAAGCUUCAAAUUAUUAUUUCUUAUCACAAAAAACACGAAUAAAUGUGAACAAAAAUUGUUUUUAAAAAAAUCUCGACCGCAACCAAAAAACAAAACUCCAAUCAAGUGUCACGCUCAAAACUUAAAAUUCCAAACAAAAAAAUAAAGCAGCAACACCAAGUCGCAGUCUCAGUAUCAAUAAGCUCAUCUUGGUGAUCAAAUGCGACGGAAUUUUGUCGCACUAAUAUUUCUCAUAAUUUUACUCUCAGUUCCCGAUGACGAAACACUUAACCGCAACAUGCUGGAGAUUCGACUAAAUUAUCAUCUUUUUGAGAGGAAUAAGGUCAUGGAGAGAUUAGCGAUCGAGGAAGAAAGUUGCGGUGAGAUUGAGCCUGAGACAUUUUUGAAUGAGACUGUCGUGAGCGGGAAGCUGUACACUGUCGUUGAGGAGGAGUUUGAGGGGCUUUUUGUGAAAGAUGAGAAGCAGAUUAUUAAGUAUGUUUAUGUUACGAUUAUCGUUAAUUUCUAAGUCAAUUAGAAUUUUAAUUUAUGACUGAAAUGAGCUGCCUGUCGUUAUCAAUAAAAAUGAGAUUUUUUUUAAGUAAAUAAAUUUAAAAUUGUGUACAAUUAAAGGUCUGUGUCAAUGUGGC